AUGGCACCUUUGCUGACAACUUAUCUACAGGCAAACGCAAUUGGAGUGCAGCAAGAUGAGCGUCACUUUCUGUAUGAGUUACACCCCAAGUUUGCGGCAUUCCCGACCUUCCCCAUCAACUUAGCUUUCAAGCAGACGGAUCAAGAUGUCUUUGACUUCAUUGCUCGUACAACAUCCGCCGAGGUCCCAGGUGUUCCCCCCUUUGAUGCACAGCGGUCGGUUGAUGGCGAACGGGGAAUUGAAAUUAUCCGACCUCUACCUGUCAGUUCAGAUGGGCUGGACUUGGAAAUUCACAACAAGGUUAUUGGCGUCUAUGAUAAAGGCUAG